AUGCUCGCCUUUGUCGAGGUGUGCAAGGUGGUCGGCGCGUCCUUCCUCGUGGUGCUGGCCGCAGACACCGUGUUGCGCUAUGCCCCCGGCUUCAACGCCGCAUCGACGCGGUACAAUUUGCUCCACGCGCUUCUAAACACCUAUGUUGUCGUGAGCGUGGUACCAGACUGUUACUUUGUGCUCGCGAACCCCCUCGAGGCUAUGUCCGCUCCAUAUUCCGACGUGCCACUCGCCACGACAAUCGGCCUCCACCUCUUUCACUGCGUCUCUCAGUACAAGUCGCUAACUACCGUCGACUGGGCCCACCACCUGGUGUCGAACAUGCUCGUCAGCUUUCUGUGCUUUCCCUACGACUAUGGGCCGCUAAUGCAGUGGGGCCUCCUCUUCAUCUGUGGCCUCCCGGGCGGAAUAGACUACUACUUACUCACGCUGGUCAAACUUGGCACGAUUGCGCCAUCCACCGAGAAGCGGAUCAACAGGCUGCUCAACACGUGGAUUCGCGCGCCUGGGAUUGUCAGCUGGGCGCCUUUGAUGCUGUGCUGCCGCGCCGCCGGGAAGAGCAGAGUUCCGGACUCGAUCCUCGCGAUGCAAGUCGCGCUCAACAUGUUCAACGCCAUGUACUUCCAGGACCGCGUCGACCGCGUCGUCGCCAACUCCGCGGUCGUGGCCUGGUGCGCCGAACAUCAAAUUGACAAGCGAGAGGUCGAGAAGGCGACACGCGCCGCCCGGGCCAAAGGAAAGGAGGAUCAAAAGAAAAGUUGA